AUGAAACGAUUGACAUCACUUCAUACAUAUAACAAUCUAAUUGGUGAUGAAGGAGCUAGGUCUAUUAGUGAACUGAAACAAUUGACAUCACUCUGUAUAUCUAACAAUUUAAUUAGUGGAGAAGGAGCCAAAUAUAUAAGUGAAAUGAAACAAUUAACAUCGCUUAAUAUUGGUGGCAAUGAAAUUGGUGAUGAAGGAGCCAAAUUCAUAAGUGAAAUGAAACGAUUGACAUCACUUCAAAUAUAUAACAAUCGAAUUGGUGAUGAAGGAGCCAAAUAUAUAAGUGAAAUGAAACAAUUAACAUCACUAAGAAAAUAA